CAUAGAGCUGAGGAAGGCUGAAGCCCACACCCUCAUCACCAUUCCCCAGCGCGUCCCCAGUCAAGCUUAUCUUGGAUGCUAUGAAAUGCUUCAGCUGAGCCACACGAAGCUUCGUUUGAUUCAGUUUACACUCUGAAAUGUACCCUCCCCUGCUCAGAAUAGCUUUCCUUGGCUCCCCUACCCUCUUCAACCCUCCUAACUAACAAUCUUCAGUUACUGCAUUUCAGUGACAAACCUUGACAAGCAACAGCAUCAUUUAAGAAAAAAAAAAGCCUAUCAAAUUGAUAAGAUGAAAUCACAAUAAUGAUUAAAAACUCAUGAUGAGGGAAGGAUUUGGUGUGGUCUCGCCCACAUGGUGCAAAGGUUAACUACCUCCGCUCCCAGCCUUCUGGUUCGAAUUCGAAUUCUAAAUCGAAGGCUCGGGACUCGGAGGACUUGAAAUGACAUUUCCAUGCUGCUUCCUUGGCCUUCCUUCAAAAUCAUGCACUUUACAAGAGCGUGCAGGUUGGAAUUUGCGACUCUGUCCCGCCCCACCCACCUCCCGGCUCCGGGAGCCUGCUCCGGAAGAACACCCAAGGCCUCCGCGGGCACCCGAGCACUUAAAGAAGCCAAAGGCCAAGCUGAUUGGUUGAAGCUCGUGAUUCACUGUCAUAGCCAACCAAUCCUGGGGCUCUGUCGAAGCAAGGUGAGAUCUCCGGAGGGACAUUCGUGUUUGCCUUCUAUCUUUAACUGUGUACCUGAGAUUUUCCCCCACAACACAUCCAAAGUCCAAGUCCAAGAGUGCAAAAGCCCAGAAGAAGGUCAGGAUGGGGUUUAUAUUCUCGAAAUCAAUGAAUGAAAACAUGAGAAACCAACAGGAGUUCAUGGUUAUGCACGCUCAACUUCAGCUGGAAAGGCAGCUGACCAUACAGAAUGAGAUGAGAGAAAGGCAAAUGGCUAUGCAGAUCGCCUGGUCUCGGGAAUUCCUCAAAUAUUUUGGAACGUUUUUUGGCAUUGCAACCAUCUCUUUAGCGACUGGAGCAAUAAAGCGAAAGAAGCCAGCCUUUCUCGUUCCCAUAGUCCCACUAAGCUUCAUCUUCACCUACCAGUAUGACCUGGGCUAUGGAACUCUUCUACAAAGGAUGAAAAGUGAAGCUGAGGAUAUAUUGGAAACAGAGAAGACGAAGUUGGAGCUGCCAAAAGGACUGAUCACCUUUGAAAGCCUUGAAAAAGCCAGAAGGGAGCAAAAUAAAUUCUUCUCCGAAAAAUGAAGUCACAGUUACCCUCAAAGCACAUAUUAUGUCUCAAAAGCACAAAAUCGUUGGCUUGAAUCAUGGUGUUUACAGUUUUUUAAAUGAUCAACAUUUUGAUACGACACAUUUUUAUUUUAGAAUAUUAAAAUUCAAAAUGAAUUUGUUGAACUAUUUUAAAAUAAAAUUUCUAACACUCAACCAAAUCAUGACAGUAUUCUAAAUAACAUUCAAAUUUCUUGUGUGUAUGUGUUUUACAAGUAUCCAAAUGCAAAUUUAAUAAAUUAUGUUGUUCUGAAUUUGA